UCUUCCAACCUGCGCGUCGCAGUUAUGGACUCUGGUGAACUGCGGUAUAUACGCAUGUGUAAAGUAAACAAAAUCGAAGGGAAUUAAUUAUGAUUUGAAUUGAAAAUCACUUGAUCAGUGGACUUUAGUUAGACUCUAAAUACACUUCGAAUGGAAUAACCGCCCAUAGUAGAGGAAUAGGCUAUUAGGUCUCUCGAAAACAUUUUAUUUUCAACAUGGAAAAAUGUUCAGAAUUUGUAGAUCUACUGUCUAUAAGACGAAAAGAUUGUGAUCUUUUAUGGGCUUCUCGACCUAUGGAUCCAUUGUUACCACAUAAGCUGUCACCAGAAUCUAAGUAUUCCAGAAAUCAACUAAUUCAAGCAGUCUUAAAUGAUGAAAAAGUUAAACUGGCCAUCAUCUCUUUGGGUGCAGUACAUAAUGUAGAUGUAAAGAAAGUUGCAAAAGAAGCAUAUAUAAUAAUAAAUGAAAUGGCUAGUAAAGCGCACUUAGCCACUGUUCGUUGGAUUGGUAUAAUCAUUACAAAAGUCCUUAAAAGAAUCUUCUCAAGUAUUUACAUAAGUGAAAAUGCGAUACAUAAAUUGAAAAAGGAAAUGCAAAUUUCUCAAGUACAAUAUGUUUAUGUACCAUCUCACAGAAGUUAUUUAGAUUUUAUAUUAUUAUCAUAUAUCUUAUUUUCUUAUGAUAUGGCACUUCCAAAUAUUGCAAGUGGAAUGGACUUUUAUCAUAUGUACAUAAUAGGAGAAUUACUAAGAAAAACAGGUGCAUUUUAUAUGCGGCGUAGCUUUGCCAAUGAUUUAUUAUACAAAAGAAUAUUUGGUACAUAUGUUAUGUCAUUAGUAAAGCAUAGUGACCGAGCAAUUGAAUGCUUUAUCGAAGGUACUCGAAGUAGAAGUUUGAAGAGCAUAGCACCAAAGUUUGAAACUUUAUUAGAAGGCAGUGUACCUGAUAUACAUUUUAUACCUAUAAGCAUUAAUUAUGAGCGACCACCAGAGGAAUUAUUAUUUGUAUACGAACUUUUAGGAGUGCCAAAACCAAAAGAAUCUACAGCUGGCCUUCUUCAGUCUCUGUCUAUUUUACAAAAAUCAUACGCUUAUGGUUGUGUUGUUUUUAACAUUGGUGAACCUAUUUCUGCAUGUCAGUUUUUAAGUAUGGAACAUCGUAAAGCAAAAAUAUUAUCACCUUAUGCAAAGUUGCCGACAGCUGUUACUAAGAAAUUGGCCUACUGUAUAAUAGAUUCGCAUAAAAAACAUACAAUUCUUAUGCCUUUCAAUUUAAUUGCCUUAUUGUUUAAUGAAAGAGCUCAAAUGUAUCCAGAUGAUCCAUACACGUUAGAUAGUUUAGUUAAUGAUUAUUUAUGGUGUAAAAAUCUUAUGCAUACAUUCAACACAACGGUACAUGUAGGGAGGUCAGUUGAAGCAAGCGAUGUGAAACAAGAAAUAUUAGAUACCUUGAAGCCUCAUGAAGAAUUACUUGUAUUUGAUACAUUAAAAGUUUUAAGACUUAAAAAAAGACAUAAAACAACAAAGCUGACAAGCAAUAUAUGUGUCAAAGGACAUAUGUUAUCAGAAACAACUAUGAGAAUAGCAGUACCAGUUAUUAACAUUUCAAUUUAUUUAAAUCCUACCUUGUCAUUUUUAAUCAAACCAGCCAUUGUCACAAUAGCAGUAGGAAUGGAUAAGAUUAAGCUUGGAGUUGCUUUUAAACGAUAUGUAUUACUGAGGACAUUAUUAAGUACAGAAUUUGCAAUGCCUUUAAUAGAAGAUGAGUCUGCGAUGAAAUCAGAAUGGGAAGAAACGUUAAAUUUAUUGUUAAUUCAAAAUUGCAUAACUAUUCAAAAUGGUACAUACAUACAGAGAAAUAAUACUAAAAUAUUUUCUCUUUUGUACAAUGUAAUACUGCCAUUUAUAGAUACAGUAUAUGUUACAUGUCUUGUUUUAUUUGAGUGGGAUGAAUUGAAAUUAAAUCAAGUAACAGUACAAGCAAUUUUAAUUGAAACACAAAAACAAGUAGAAGAAGCAUUUCUUAAAAACAAAGAAUGGGGACAGCAUCCAUAUUCUUUAUCACUUGAUUUAGUUAAUACAACAAUAUCCAAUCUCCUGUUACAAGGUAUUCUGGUGUCAUCUGAAGAAAAAAAUAUGUACCACGUUGAUAAAAUUCAAUUAGCACUAAUUCUUACACAAUUACAAGACCUUUCAUUACAAAGACCACCUGGUUCGUAUCGUAACAUAAUAUUAUUAUCGAUAUUACCAUCACCUGUAGCAGCUAAAUUAUAAGUAUAAACUAUGUAGAAUAAAACUUUUAGAAUAUGUACUAAAA